AUGACUUCUCGCAUCGAAGAUCUUGCUCUAACGGUCGCCACCAGCAUCAGUCAGAUUGGCGACUAUCUCCGUUCCCAGAGCCUGCCAUUCCCCUCCUUCGAUGUCGAUGGCCCAGUGGAAGCUACCCUGAAAGAUGUCCAAAUCGAGCAAGCAAGACAAGACGCUAUGGCGAGCUGCCUAGAACUCUUUUCCCUUCUGCAAGGCCCACGAAUGUGCCUUCGACCCUGCUACAACGCCGCGCCCAUGCACGCCAUAUACAAGUUUGAGAUCGCGCAGAAGGUCCCCCUCGUCGGUGACAUCUCCUUCACGGACCUCGCCGUCAAGUGCGGACUUUACGAACCUGAUUUGCGGCGUAUUAUUCGAUUUGCUAUCAUCUACCAUCGUGCAUUUCUCGAACCUCGUAAAGGUUAUGUCGCUCACUCGGCUGCUUCACGGCAGUUGAUGGAGGAUGCAGAUGUGCGCGAUGGAAUUGGGCUUAUGUUUGAUGACUUCUAUCCGUCGUUUGCGCGGACCGUUGAUGCUAUAGAGACAUUUCAGGGGCAAGAGCCUAAUCAGACGGGAUGGGCUCUAGCCCACAACAGCACGCAUCAGUCAACCUUUGAGUACCUAGCGGAGCACCCCUCCCGCGCUGCUCGCUUCAGCGGUGCAAUGAAGUUCUUUUCCAGCACGGUCCCUGGAAACUCCCCAUCUCACCUGCUCCAAGCGUUUCCCUGGGGGGAGCUUGGGGCUGCAACGGUAGUUGACGUGGGGGGUGCAGAUGGCUAUGUCAGCAUGCUGCUCGCACAAUCGUUUCCGAAAUUACAGAUUACCGUCGAAGACCUGCCCCAUAUCGCUCAAGAAGGGAAGGUACCACUCCCUCUCAGAGAAAGGGUACGGUUCGAGGCACAGGACUUCUUUCAGGAGCAGAACGUCAAGGGCGCGGACGUUUAUCUUUUACGAUGGGUGCUGCACGAUUGGCCGGACAAGCAAGCUAUCCAGGUAUUGAGAGCGUUGGUUCCUGCACUGAAGAGCGGCGCUAGGGUGCUGAUCAAUGAUAACGUUGCGCCGGGACAGGCAGGGCUGAUGCCGCUGAUCCCAGAGCAGUUCAUAAGAGAGUUGGAUAUGAUCAUGCUAGCUGCUUUUAACGCGUACGAGCGUGAGCUAGAGGACUGGGAGAGGCUUGUCAAGGCAGCUGACCCGCGUUUCGGGCCUAUCAAAUACACCCAACAGUCGGGUGCAUUGUUGGGUGUUCUGGAGAUUGAGUGGUUGGGGGAGUGA